ACUUCCGGGGCGGGGCCGGAGCCGGAAGAGCCGCUCGGCGCCAUGACCGCGCGCGGGACUGCGAGCCGCUACCUGGGCAGCGUCCUGCGCAACGGGCUGGGCCGCUACGUGUGUCAGCUGCAGCGCCUCAGCCUGGCCUUCAGCCCCGGCGGGCAGACCUCGCGCGGGGCCAGAGGCUACAUAGAAGAGAAGGUGUUGGACUUUGCCAAGCAGAACCCUGGUGUGGUGGUGUAUGUGACCCCACAGAAAUGCAGAAGUCCCACAGUGGUCGCAGAAUAUUGUGGAGGAGACAAAGACAAGCUUUCAACCUACACAGAGAUCAGCCCUGAAGAACAGCUCUGCGUAGCACAAAGGUUUGUCUCUUCCACCAACAAAAGUUGGUCCAAUAAAAGUUAUUAUCUCACCCACCUUGUCUGUCUCAUUUCCUGGCAGGUGCGUGGUUAUAGCAACACUGCUAAUUUGAAAUCUAGGCAGUUUCAGUGGGCUUUUAACAUCUUGCCAGGGAAGUACUACCUUAGCAUCGCAGUACGGCUUCUGAAGGGUAGGUGGUGCUGUCUCCCUGAAUAGAUUUCUCAGAUGCAC